CUUAGACUGCCGGUUAGAAGUCUUGUUUAGCUAAAUCAGACCUCGGAUCUUUUGGGUUCUCCUCGGUUUUCUAUUCGGCGCAUACUUGAUGAGAUGACGGUUGUACCAAUGAGAGCUUGACGCGCACGGGCUGUAUGUUUUUGACAAGCACACGCCACUGACAAGUACUAGCUAUAUACAAGUUGAUCAACUGGUACAUGUGGACGUGACCGCUGUGGUACCGUUUCAGCCAAUUUUACAUAACAACGAUUCGAUUGGAAGGCUUGGCUUAGCCAAUGUGGAGCUUGGCGUGGUGCGCAGUUCUACAUACUUUUCAAUUGUACUUCUUUAAGUUAUCCGCCAUCUACUACUAGACUGCUAAUACCAUGGCCAAGGUCCCUUCCCUGCUCUCCAUCCGAUCCUUGUCCACAAAAGUCCUUUUGCUUGGUGCUAUCAUCACCUUCCUGAUCACACUCUACACAUUCUCUUCUCCAUACUCUUUUCGCAUAUCAAAUUGGUCCUCAAUAUUCUCACAGGAACGACAGCGUAGUUCCUGCACUCCGGAAGAGUGGUCAAGUGGGCGUUGGGUAUAUAGCCCGACGUCUGACUUGGUGAAUUUAACGCGUCCAGAACAGGCACUUUCCUUAGCGGGUUUUGAAGGUUGCGCUGCAGACCGUGAAUACCACUGGCAUUUGGGCACAGACCACGAAGAACUAUGGGACAGAUUUCCUAAAGUCUCUUCAUACAGGUGGUUGCCUUCGAGCGAGUGUGAUGUCCACCCUCUCAAUGGCGCAGCGAUGGUCAAGGACAUGGUAGCAAAUGGCGGAUGGCUUUUACUGGGCGAUUCGAUAACAGAAAACCAUUUCUUUUCGCUGUCGUGCCUCUUAUACCCGCAUGUCCGUGCAACCCCGAAUUACACUGAAAACCCCUACUUUGACCGUGCAUGGCAGCAACAUUUAUACCUGUCACCAUCGUCACCCAUAAUAUCCGAACUCGUCAUGCCGGAGGGCUUCUCCAUCGAAAACACACCACUCGUUUCAUUCCGACGUGUUGACCUGCUUCUUAAUGGAACAGAAUUAGACACGAUAUAUCACAGUCCAGCAUUUUCUCUUGAACCCACCGAGUUGGACAGUCAAGAUCUUGGUUCUCAAUAUACUAAGGCAGAGUCUGUAUUCGGCGAUGAGGCAUUUUGGUCUCUUUCGCCAUCAGAAUACAUGGCCACACUCCUUGAUUCACCCCCGGAUGCCAAUUAUGGCACGCUGGUUGUGAGUACUGCCGGGCACUGGACAACAGGCACAUUGCGGGCAUUUUACGACGAGGACGCUGGAGAAGAUGCUGGCUAUGGUAUCCAUAAUGUACUUGCAUUCUUCAAAAUUGCGAUGCGGGCUUGGGCAGGUGAAGUACAGCACGCCAUCACAGAAUACCACAAAAAUGGGGGCAGGCGUCCAAAACAGGUAGUCGUUAGAGCCUAUCUGCCCGGUCACGAGAACUGCCACAACAUCUUCGAGCCCACGGAGACAAUCACGCCAUGGGUCAAUAAGUGGUAUAAUUGGCCGUGGAUCCAGGACUUUAACACAGAAUUUCAGGAACUGCUGUCAUCAUCCGAAUUCCCAGACAUUCAUUUUCUUCCGAUCGAGAGACCAGGACGGCUGCGCCCUGAUGCUCACGCCUCUGGAGAUUGUUUGCAUCUCAUAUCAGGUACUGGUGUUAUCGAGGGAUGGUCACACUACAUCGCUAGACAAUGAUCUCGAAGUA